AUGCCGGAGCUGGCAGAGCUGAGCAGCCCCCGCACCCCUGCAGACGCGGACCACAUCCAGAGGAACAUCUUGGAGGAACAUGUGGAGCUCUGGUGGUUUCAGGACCCUAAGAAGUCCAUCCUGUGCUAUGGGAUGGCUGUGGUGCUGAUCCUGGCCUGCGGGAUCGGGGGCAUCAUCCUGCUGUAUAGCACUAGCAGCCGGUCUGGAGAGUGGCGGCUGGCCGUGGGCACCACGCUCUGCCUCCUGGCUGCUCGUGCGCUGCUGAAGCAGCUGCUGAGCUCUGCAAUCCAGGACAUGAACUGCAUCCGCAGCCGGGAUCAGAUCGAACUCCUGAAGAGCGGGGGCUUCUCGGACUGCCUGGUGCUGCUGCUCAGCGCACUGGUGCUGGUGGUCUGCGGGGUUGUGCUCACCAUCCUCUCCACCACGACCAUGCAGCUCAGCCCUGCACGGCCGCUGGCCAGCAUGUUCACCAGCGGGGUUGUCCUCCUGACUGCUGGCAGUGCCAUCCUCCUCUGCCUGCUGCUCUACUUGCUCUGCACCUCCUGCCGCCACGCUCCCUGCCUGGGGGGUGGGCUCAGCUCCAGCGCAUGGACCAUAGCUCUCCAGGUGGUACUGCCGCAGAAGGGAGCUCCACUAGGCUCCAAAGAAUGGGACAGAGGCAUCACCACUUGA